UGCCCAGGAAGACCGGCUCAGAGCCAUGGGCCCUUCCCUGGCCACCCUGCUCUGCCUCAGAUUCUGCGUGGUGCAGGCCUUGCAAUCCUUCCAUGACCUGCCCCCUCCGGUGUUCGAGGUGGACCCCCAGUACCCGGUGCCGCUGGGGCAGCCCCUGAAGCUGCACUGCAUGGGGCCGCAGGAUUCCUCUACCUACCGUAUCUACAAGGAGGCCGUUGAGGAGCCCCUGAGCCUCAAUGACUCGUCCUGGGAAAGCAAGACCCCCAGAUUCGAGUACCCCGAAACGAACGCGCAGCAUGCCGGCCGCCUCCGCUGCGUCUACGAGUUCCACUCCUUCUGGUCCAAGCCCAGUAAUCCCCUGGAAGUGCAAGUGUCCGGAGGACCCUCUGAUUCCACUGUUGGGUCUCUGUCAUUUCAGACUCCACCUAGAGGCUUUUAUGAAAAACCCCUCCUGUGGGCAGUUCCUGGCCCCUCGGUGCCCCAGGGCCACAACUUCACCAUUCACUGUAACUCCAGCGUGGGCUUGGAUAGCUUCGUCUUGUACCAUGGCAAACUCGAAUAUGAAUUCAAGACCAUCAGGAUCCACAGUAUCAAGAAGAAUGAGGCUGUCUUCUUUCUCCACAACAAAACAGAGGAUAUGAACGGGAGAUACAGGUGCUACGGCUACAUGAGCAGUGAACCUCAUCGUUGGUCAACUCCCAGUGACGUCCUGCUGCUAAGUGGUGGUCUCUCUUCUGGGUGGUGUAUCAUGAUCCAUCUUAUCCACGUGGUCCUGGCCUUGGCCAUCCCCUGUGGGUCUUGCUGACCUAGUCCUAGCACAACCAGAAUGAGUGCAGAGUUGAAGCCAGGAGACCCAAAUCUGAGUACCUGGAGGAAGACAGACAAGAGUUCCAAGAUCCCUCCUUCCCAAGUCCAGCUUGGGAUAACCCCAUGUGAAACCAAUAAUAA